AUGCCUCGCCAAGGAGACGGCUCAUCUGACAACGGCCCUUUUGAGGGUACCGAUCACAACAUUGCCCACGGCUCUGGUAACAAGAACCUCAGUGACAAGGUCGCCCGCGCCGACAAGACAGCUCCCCUUCCCGAGGCUGAGCAUGGCCAGGGACUGCAAGACGCCAACGCCAGUGGCGGACAGAGCCAAGGUCUCGCCAAGGGAGAUAACGUUGGCCAGGGUGGUCGGGGCAAUUAA